AUGAACAAGCGCUAUGCAUGCAACAAGUGUCCAUUUCGGAGUAAAUAUAACUCGAGUUUAAGAAACCACAUAAACCAAAUGCACGUGGACGAACAAGACGUUAAAUGGCACGAGUGUGUUAAAUGUCCUUUCAAGACCAAAACGAAAGGCAGUUUAACAAGGCACAUUAAUACGUUACACUUGAACGACGAAGACGUUAAGUGGUACGAAUGCACUGAGUGUCCUUUCAGAGCCAAGUAUAAAAAGUCUUUGAAGCUACACGUGACUGUAAAACAUCUAGAUGAAGAAAAAAUCGAGUGGCAUAAAUGUGAAGACUGUUCGUACAAAAGUAAAACGAAAGAUCAUUUAAAACAUCACGUGAGGGUGCAUUUGGACAUUAAAUCGUAUCAGUGCGAGUAUUGUCCGUAUAAAGCGAAACGCAGUGGUGAUUUAAGGAGUCAUGUGAAUUUCCGUCAUUAA